AUGCUAGAUUACUUUGAGCUAGAGAAGGAGGUCCUUCUGAUCAUGGAGAGACCAGUGCCAUGUGAGAGCCUGUAUAGCUAUCUAGAGAACAAUGGUGGACCCCUGGACGUGCAUGUUGCUAAGAACAUCAUGAAGCAGCUGGUUGACGCAGCCAUAAUGAUGCACAACAAAGGGGUCUUCCACCGGGAUCUCAAGACAGAAAACUUGCUCCUCGAAACCGGCUCCAGUGACCUGCGAGUGCGGAUCAUAGACUUUGGUUGUGGCUGCUGGGUACAGGAAGAGCCACAAUGCGUCUUCUCUGGAACCUCAGCGUACGCCCCUCCAGAGUUUUUCACACGAGGGACGUAUGAGGCUAUCCCCACCACAGUCUGGCAGCUGGGCGCGCUGCUGUACGAAAUGCUGUAUGGAGUGCAUCAAUUUCGUACCACUAGAUUCGUCCGCAAGAAAAGACCUUUAACAAAGUCCUACACAAAGGAGUUGGUGGAGAAGUGA